AAGAGGCAAAAGGAGAAAAAAGAGGGAAAAAAAGUAAAAAAGAGAGAACAAGAGGAAAAAAGUGCAUGUGUGAAUGAAUAAAUGAGACGUAAAACGUACAUUUCUUUGUAAAAAGGCGCUUUAUGAAAAUAAGUCCAUUCACUUGUAUUAGUUUACAGCGCAGUCUUGAACAUCCAAUAUGGCGGCGACGGUGACGUAUCGCAGGAGGCGGCUGCGCAUGCGCGGUUCUCGGUCUGCCGGAGCAGCAGCAGCAGAACAACGGUGUAAACUGAGGAGAAAACAUCUACAUAUCUUCUUAUUUUUCGUCUUCUAGCGAAUCCAAACCGAGAUAAACCCGCAGUUCGUGGGUUUAGGACGUGUUUAAACCCGCAGUUCGUGGGUUUAGGACGUGUUUUCUCGCGGCUGACGGGACCGUUGACGCGGCAUGGACGACAGCAAGAACACGAGGUUCCUCCGCCGCUGUGAGAACUCUGCCCGGAAACACGUGACCACCAAACUGACCGAAUACGACCUUCUUCUUCUUCUCCUCCUCCGGCAGCUCGAGAACUGCGCAUGCGCCGCCUCCUGCUGGCGGGAGCUGGUACUGCAGCCACCGCGAUGCCGGAGGGGAAGGUGAAGAAUCCCGGGAAACGCAGCAGGAAACCGGCCAAGAUGGACCUGCGGGAGGAGCUGGACAUGAAUCAUAAAGGAAGCCCCGAAAGACACUGCUGUGAUGAUUGUGAGCAAGUCUUCGCCAAUUCAUCAAACCUGAAGAAGCAUAAGAAAACUCAAACUGUUGAUAAACCGUACAGCUGUGAUCAGUGUGGAACGGCUUUUGCCCAAAAAGGUAACCUAAAGCAACACCAACGUAUUCACACUGGAGAAAAGCCUUACAGAUGUGAUCAGUGUGGAGCGGCUUUUGCCGCAUCAAGUAAUUUAAAGAUUCAUAAACGUAUUCACACUGGAGAAAAGCCUUACGGAUGUGAUCAGUGUGGAGCGGCUUUUGUCCAACAAGGUAAACUAAAGCAACACCAGCGUAUUCACACUGGAGAAAAGCCUUACGGAUGUGAUCUGUGCGGGGCGUCUUUUGCCCAGCAAAGUGCUUUAAGGAGUCACCAACGUAUUCACACUGGAGAAAAGCCUUUCAGCUGUGAUCAGUGUGGAGCGGCUUUUGCCCGUCAAAGUCACCUAAGGAGUCACCAACGUACUCACACUGGAGAAAAGCCUUACAGAUGUGAUCAGUGUGGAGCUUCUUUUAGCGACUCAAGUGGUCUCAGAGUCCACCAACGUAUUCACACUGGAGAAAAGCCUUACAGAUGUGAUCAGUGUGUAGCAGCUUUUGCCAGUAAAGCUGCUUUAAGGAAUCACCAAUGUAUUCACACUGGAGAAAGGCCUUACAGAUGUGAUCAGUGUGUAGCGGCUUUUACCCAAAAAGGUGCUUUAAGGAGUCACCAACGUAUUCACACUGGAGAAAAGCCUUACUUAUGUGAUCAGUGUGGAGCGGCUUUUGCCCAUCAAGGUGCUUUAAGGAGUCACCGACGUAUUCACACUGGAGAAAAGCCUUACAGAUGUGAUCAGUGUGGAGCGACUUUUCCCUAUCAAAGUUCUUUAAGGUAUCACCAACAUAUUCACACUGGAGAAAAGCCCUACAGAUGUGAUCAGUGUGGAGUGGCUUUCAGCCAAUCAAGUCAUCUAAGGAGACACCAACGUAUUCACACUGGAUAAAAAGUGUAUAUUUGUGAUCAGUGCUGAUAUAAUUUAUUUUGAGAGUUCAGUUAAAAUACACCAGUUUAGUUAAUUUAGUUUGAAAGAAAUAAUUCACACAUACGCUCUGACACACAUAGAUGAUCUGAAGUUUGUUUAAUGUUUAGUUAAUUGUUGUUUAUGCGUAGUUUAGGCAUCUGAGUUUAGCCCAAGUUUUGUUUCACUUUCUU